AUGUCGUCCAAGAAGCACCGAAAGCGGCUGAGCCAGACCUUGGAGAGCGGGUCCCCCGCGCCUCCCGUGGCCGCCUGCGGCUCAGCGGCGGCCGGGACCCUGCUGGUGACCAGCUUCCUAGAGAAGGUGGAUGGCAAAGUUCCUAAAACGUUCCAGAACUCCCUUGUUCAUCUGGGACUCAGCACUAUGAAGUCUGCAAACAUAUGUAUAGGUCGACCAGUAUUGCUUACCAGUUUGGAGGGAAAGCAGGAGGUCUAUACAGCCUGGCCAGUGGCAGGAUUUCCUGGAGGCAAGGUUGGCCUGAGUGAAGUAGCACAGAAGAAUGUGGGUGUGAGGGCUGGCGAUGCCAUCCGGGUGCAGCCUCUUGUGGGCGCUGUGCUGCAGGCUCAGGAAAUGGACUUGGCACUGAGUGACAAAGAUAGGGAAAUUAAUGAAGAGGAACUGACUUCUUGUAUUCUGAGAAAACUGGAUGGCAAGAUUGUUUUACCAGGCAACUUUCUGUAUUGUACCUUCUAUGGACGACUUUGCAAGUUACAAGUUUUGCAAGUGAAAGGGGCAGAUGGCAUGGUAUUGGGAAGGCCUCAGACUGACUCUGACACUAGUGCACAGGGAAUGACCUUUGAACAAUCCAGCAUGGAAAACAGUAACCUGGAUAUGUCCUUCCAGCUAAGUCAGUUACAUCUGGAUGAGCCCCAGAGCCCAGCAUCGAGAAGUACUCCUUGUAAACCUGUUGAUGACAAAUUUAUAAAUAAAGCCAAUGACAUUUUGCUGGAUAUUACACAGAACUUUGGGGAUGGCAGUGGACUUGAGCUAGAGGGAAGCACAGCUCUUAAAUGUAGUUUUGAGUCUUCCAGAGAAGGAAAUAAGCAGGUUAUCAAUGAAGAGAGACUGCUAAAAUCAUCCAGCACUGGAGGGAAGUGCAAUACUGAUACUUUUUAUUUUAUUUCUUCCACAACAAGAAUCAAUCUUACAAAGAGUUGUACAAAUUCAAAGGAGCAAGAUAACCCAUUUAAAGUAACGUACGACAUGAUAGGAGGUUUAAGCAGUCAGCUGAAAGCAAUUAGAGAAAUAAUUGAACUGCCUCUCAAACAGCCUGAACUUUUCAAGAGUUAUGGAAUUCCAGCUCCUAGAGGAGUGUUACUCUAUGGCCCUCCAGGUACUGGGAAGACAAUGAUUGCCAGGGCUAUUGCUAAUGAAGUUGGAGCCUAUGUUUCUGUAAUUAAUGGUCCUGAAAUUAUAAGCAAAUUCUAUGGUGAGACCGAAGCAAAGUUACGUUAUAUAUUUGCUGAAGCCACUCUACGGCACCCUUCAAUUAUUUUUAUUGAUGAACUAGAUGCGCUUUGCCCUAAAAGAGAAGGAGCUCAGAAUGAGGUGGAAAAAAGAGUUGUGGCUUCACUCUUAACAUUGAUGGAUGGCAUUGGCUCAGAAGGAAGUGAAGGACAGGUGUUAGUACUUGGGGCCACAAAUCGCCCUCAAGCAUUAGAUGCUGCACUCCGAAGACCUGGACGAUUUGAUAAAGAGAUUGAGAUUGGAGUUCCUAAUGCUCAGGACCGGCUGGAUAUUCUCCAGAAGCUGCUUCAAAGGGUUCCCCAUUUGCUCACUGAAGCUGAACUGCUCCAGCUGGCAAACAGUGCUCACGGCUAUGUUGGAGCUGACCUGAAAGCCUUGUGCAAUGAGGCAGGUCUCUGUGCCUUGCGAAGAGUCCUGAGGAAGCAGCCUGUUCUCCCCGAUAGUAAGGUGGCUGGGUUAGUGAAGAUUACUCUGAAUGAUUUCUUACAGGGAAUGAAUGACAUCAGGCCCAGUGCCAUGAGGGAAGUAGCGAUUGAUGUCCCAAAUGUGUCCUGGUCAGAUAUUGGAGGACUGGAAAAUAUCAAAUUAAAAUUGAAACAGGCUGUGGAAUGGCCCUUGAAACAUCCAGAGUCUUUCACCCGAAUGGGUAUUCAGCCACCUAAAGGAGUUCUCCUAUACGGACCCCCAGGAUGUUCUAAGACCAUGAUAGCAAAGGCUUUGGCUAAUGAAAGUGGACUGAACUUUCUAGCUAUAAAGGGGCCUGAAUUAAUGAAUAAGUAUGUUGGUGAAUCUGAAAGAGCAGUUAGAGAGAUUUUCCGAAAAGCAAGAGCGUUGGCUCCUUCCAUUAUUUUCUUUGAUGAACUUGAUGCCUUGGCAGUUGAAAGGGGCAGUUCCUUAGGUGCUGGGAAUGUUGCCGACCGGGUUUUAGCUCAACUCUUAACAGAAAUGGAUGGGAUUGAACAGCUAAAGGAUGUGACAAUUUUGGCAGCUACUAAUCGCCCUGACAGGAUAGACAAGGCUUUAAUGCGGCCUGGACGAAUUGAUAGAAUCAUCUAUGUGCCUUUACCAGAUGCAGCAACAAGAAGGGAAAUAUUCAACCUGCAGUUUCACACUAUGCCAAUCAGUAAUGAGGUUGACUUGGAUGAACUCAUCCUGCAAACCCAUACAUACUCAGGAGCAGAGAUCAUAGCCGUCUGCAGAGAGGCAGCUCUCCUGGCUCUGGAAGAAAACAUCAAAGCCAACUGCAUUAUGAAAAGGCAUUUUACUCAAGCCUUGAGCACUGUGGCCCCGCGAAUCCCUGAGUCACUGAGACGCUUUUAUGAAGAGUAUCAAGAGAAGAGUGGGCUGCAUACACUCUGAGAAAAUCCCCACAUCCAUUAAGCCAGACUCCUUUCUAGAGAAACAUUGGCUUUGUCUUAUUUUUUGUUUUUUAAUUUUGCCAUAAAAGUGUUUUUUUUAAAAAUCCCUACUAGAUAAAUUGUUUGAAGUAAUUUCACUUGAACUGAGGGACUUUAGUCUUUACACACGUUUUGAAUUAUAUGGAUGCAUUGAAAAAUCUGUGGAUAUGAGUUUACAUUAGUUUUCUCUGGAAAUGUAUGCCAAGUUUAAAAUGCUUAGCCUUUUCAUUUUUGACCUGGUCCGUUCAUCCCUUGAGAUGAUUUCCUUGCUCUAGAAUUCACUCUGAUGCCCUCCUAAGUGUCCCACCUUAGGCAUCUCUCUCAAACAACAAGAUAGGGAAUGUAUGUGGAUGAAGGCAUCGUGGAAAACACUGAGCUUUGUUUUUGGAAGACCAGCCAAUGAAAUAUCCAGAUGCCACCAGGUGUCUCUGGCCUUGUUUGCAAAUGCAUGGUUGUCCUCAUUAUAACUCAAACCUGCAUCUGUGGCAGAGAAGAGUCUUGUUAGGUCAAGGCUGGGCCGUAGUGAAGCACUUGCCAUCCAUGCCCAAGCCAUUGGUCCAGCCCCUAGCACCACCAAAGAACUUGUUUCAUGUAAAUCAGUGCCAUCUUAAGGGUUAAAAUUUAUAAUUAUAAGGCCAUUCUAAGCCCAGAACAGCAGUAGGCUUGAUUUUUUUUCCUAAAAUGCUAUAAAUACAUCACAUAUAAAGUAUUAAUGUUUUAAUUCAUAUGUAUUUUCAGGUUACAAGUGAACUUUUCUGUUCAAAAAUAAAUUUUUUUAAAGUGUA